GCCGUGACCGACCGAUCAGGGAAGGCAAUGGAUCUCGGGCAGCUUCCCUGCGAGGCCGAUGGGGCUGCGGGUUGGGGCUGCGGGCGGGGGUCGGUGGGAGCGGAGCAAGUACAAAUACUCUCUCUCUCUGCCUUCGUCGCCGCCUGCGUUUCUUGCCCAGCAUUGCUUGGCCUAGCUCCCACCCCUUGUCGCCAUGGUCGCCCCGCUCGACUGCACCACCACGGCACGCAGCGACAUGACGGCCGACCAGCUGCGCCUGGCCUCCUCGGCGCGCGUGGCGGCCACGACGGCGCACGGGCGCGUCGUCGGCGGGCGUGUGCGCAACGGGUGCCAGGUGUUUCUGAACGUCCCCUACGGCCUCGACGUCGCGCGCUGGGAGGACCCCCGCCCCCUGCCCCCUAGCUACCGGUAUCCAACCGAGCACGAGUACACCGUGGACGGGCUGUACUGUGCUCAGCCGGGCAGGUCCUACACCGCACAGAUCCCCAUACGCGACCGGCUAGGGCAGGGCGCGCCGACCGAGAACCCGUUCUUCGCGGACAUCUACGUGCCGUCAGGCGUCGACCUGUCGCACCCGCCGCGCCUCCCAGUCCGCGUGUUCGUCCACGGCGGGUUCCUGCAGUUCGGAAGCACGUCGGGGCAGCACUACAACCAGCAGUUCUUUGCGGCCGAGGCGCGGCACGAGGUGCGCGUGCUGCUCGGGCACCGGCUGAGCGCGCUGGGCUUCCUCGCGUCGGCUUCGGCGGGUAUACCUGGCAACUACGGCUUCAAGGACGUGUGGCUCGGCCUCGAGUGGGUACAGCGCCACAUUGCGAGCUUUGGCGGCGACCCGGCGCAGGUACACCUCUCCGGGCUGAGCGGCGGCGCGCACGUCGUGCACCAGCUGCUGCACCGCGCCGCGGCGCUGUCGCCCGCGCCGGCGCCGUUCGUGACCGCUCUACUCCAGUCCAACGGCAUCGUAAGUGACCCGCUUACGCCGUCCGAGCGGGAAACGCAGUUCGCCGCCUUCUGCGCGCAGCUCGGCGCGGACCCCGCCUCGCCAAGCAUCCUCGCCGAGCUGCGCGACACGGCGCGAUACCCCACUGCGGCGCUCGUCGCCGCCGUCGAGAACAUGGGCCUGCACUCGACCUUCCGCGGCGUCGUCGAGGCCGGAUGGCUGCGCGCAGACCAGAUGGCGUUCCAGCGCUCGGGCGGCCUCGGUGCCGCGCUGUCCGCCGCCGGCGUGCGCUGCGUCAUCGCAGGCGACGUGCGCGACGAGGACGCGUUCUACGGCAUCGUGCACGACGUGACCACGGCAACGGACCUGCUGCCCAACGUGGCGCGGUACUACCCGCUCGAUGUUGCCCAGAGGCUGCUCGCGGCGUACCCGCCUCUCGACGCAGACGCACCCCGCGCGCAGUGCCAAGCCCGCCUCGGCCGCGUCCUCGCCGACGGGCAGGUCCACCUCCCUGUCCGCCUGCUGUGCCGCGACUUGGCGCCCGCGCUCCCGACGGUACGCUACGCCGUCGAGAUGGUCCCGCGCGCGCUGGGGACCGGCGGGCUGGUGACGCACGGGUCAGAUACCGCCAUCCAGCACCUCCGGCUGUCGGUCCUCAGCGCCGACGAGGAGGACGCGGCGGUGGCGUGGCAUGACGCCGUGUCCGGGCAAGUUGGCGCCGUCAUGAACGGGUCGUUCACGCAGCGCCCAGAGGACGAGGUGUUGCUGCUUUCCAAGAACGGGCGCGUGGGCUGGGCACGCGAUUGGCGCUGGGACGAGCUGCGCGCCGUUGAGGCGGCUGCACUCGCCGACGAUAACGACGACAGAUAGAACAACAACAGCAGCAGCAACAACUGUACACUUAGACGACCAUACAUGCAC